AUGUACCUGAUGGCAGAAAUAUACUAUUUCUCUGAGACUAGUGAAAGCGUCACCUUAGAUUUACUAACUUUCGAAGAUCUAGAACUACUGCGGUCGAGGAAAAUAACUAAAUCAGUGGGUCCCAACAAUAAUAACAGAAGAUAUCUAAUAAUCACAUACAUUGUUGAGUUUGACAAAAUCCGAUAUCCAUUACCGCUUGAAUAUUGCGGCCCGCCCGAUCCUCUCAUUCUGCAGGCUACCAUCAGAAGGUUGGAGGCAGAAUUAGCGAGAACAAAGGAAGAAUUGACAUUGAAGUUGAAUAACAGUGAUGCAAAAAAGAUAUAUUUUCUACAAAAACGCGUUGAUGAAUUGACCGAAGAGAACAUUCAACUUCAGGAGGAAAACCGACAUCUGACAAAAAUUGUAGAAAAGAAACCGAAAGUACAAGUUUUAUCUCUACAAAAAGCUGUUAGCAAUCUAGAAAAAUGUGUGGUUAGUGAAAGAAACUCUCACCAUGAAUUGGUUGAAAAACUAAGAAGCGACAAGGUACAACUCGCUAAGGAAUUGGAAAAAAUGAAAGCAUCUGAACGUUGUUUGAAGGCGAAAUUGACCAGAGUUAAUCAUAGUUCGAGGAUGGGUUUAGGAGAUCAUAAAAUACCAUUAGUCAAUAAAGCGUCUAACAACAGCAUAAAAACAAUGUACAAACGCAGUUCAUCGCCAAUAUUUGACUGUAUGGAUACUAAAGGAGGCCUACCGAGACGUCAUGCGGAACAAAUUAAAUCUAAACAGUUCUGGGAUAAACCAAGACUUUCAAAAAGUUUCACCAAGCACAAUGUAAGUCGGGAUAGCUCUACCUGUAGUACAAAGUAUGCCGAUCCGGAGUUGAUCGACAUACCAGACACGUGUUUAAGAUCUAGGACGCCCAGCCCCACUCCACGGAAAAGUAAAUCCUCCACGAAAUCCCGAUGCAGUAGCGCAGGGUCAAGGACGAGUUCAAGGGCUAGUUCUAGAGCAUCUCACACAAGGAAAACAAAACGGAAAGACUCAGAAUACAGAAAGUUGGAAGAGAAGAUCGCUAAUUUACAGAGGAUGUUAAAUAAUAAUGUUAUUCGUAACAAAGAUAAAUGAUUCCAGAAAUGUAGGUGCUAAGUUUUCAUGAAGAACAUUCGACUUGAAAUCGAAUUUUAAAAAAUAUUCAUUUACUCAUUGUAUUGUUAUAUAAUUAUACUCCAUUUACGAAA